AUGAGAUUGACUGUUGGUGUUUUACCAUCUACAGUCGAGGAGACUAAGAGAUUUUCCGAAUGGCUUCUUGAUAUUGGUGAGGGUAAAGUUGGAGGGGACAAUGAUGGUGUAGCAACUGUAGAAAUACCCUCUGAUUUGUUAAUCACAGAUUCUUUGGAUCCCAUCGAAAGUUUGAUUCAAUUUGUAUAUCCAUCUGUUCUUGAAAGAUAUAAGGAUCGAGAUUAUUUUUCUGAAAGGGCGAUUCUGACACCAAAAAACGAGGUGGUACAUGAAAUAAAUGAUCGACUACUAGAAUUGUUUCCUGGUGAACAAACAGAGUACCUGAGUUCUGAUAGUAUAUGUGCGACGAAGAAAGGUAUCGAUUCAUUCCAACAAGAGUUGUAUUCACCUGAUGUCCUUAAUGGUUUAAAGAUAUCUGGUUUACCUAAUCAUCGUUUGGUUACAUUUCUUGGAAAGAGGGUUAUAGAAGCUGAAAUUAUAUCAGGUGCUAAUGUCGGAACCAGAACAUUCAUACCAAGAAUUAGGAUGAUUCCCUUCGACAAAAAGAUUCCUUUUGCUUUUCAAAGACGACAGUUUCCUGUUGCUGUGUGUUUUGCUAUGACGAUCAACAAGAGUCAAGGCCAGUCUUUAUCUAAGGUUGGAUUGUUUUUAAAAGAGCCCGUUUUUACACAUGGCCAGCUAUAUGUAGCAUUAUCAAGAGUUAAAUCAAGGGAAGGUGUGAAGAUGUUAAUUCUCGAUAAGGAUGGCAAACCUACCAAUACAACAACUAAUGUGGUUUACAAAGAAGUGUUCACACACUUAUGA